AUGAAAGGAAGAAAUGAACGAAAAGCGAAUAUCGAACAAGUGAUGAACGACUAUCUAAUAAACCUUAGCUACCUAUACAAAAAUUCACACUCAUUAAGUGAUAAUGAAAAUAAUGAAAAUAAGCAGCGUAAAUCUAGUAACUCUAAAAUGGGUUACAUUAAGCAGGAAUCAUUACUUAUGAACCAGAACGAAAAUGGAAGUAGUGCCAGCACCAAUGAUGAUAUUUCAUCAGAUUCUGGAAAAAGCAGAUCAUUGCAUUAUGAUGAAAUAAUGAAUACAAUUUUUACUCCUAAAGAGAGAGAAAUUUAUAUGAAUAUAAAAAAAAUUUUUAAAAAUAAAAAAAACUAUGCAGAUAUAGAAACAAAUGAGUAUCUUUUUUGUUACUUAUUCAUUUUAGCUCUUAAGAACAUGUUUUAUAACAUAAUAUUGCAGAAGAAAGUAGAACACCAAUUGGAAAAGGCACAUCAGGAGAUUCUCUAUUCAGCAUCUCUCUAUUGUCCUCCAACCUCGAAAACAAAAAGCUCUCAUGAUGAGGAAAGCAUCACGCAUCGACGUAGGGGCGAGAAGGAGUGUUAUCCCAAGCAGGGAAAUCUGAACAACCAUGUGAAAGAUCACUUGAAUGGUCAUGCGAACGACCAUGUGAAUGACCAUGCGAACGACCAUGCGAACGAUCAUGUGAAUGACCAUGCGAACGACCAUGCGAACGACCAUGUGAAUGACCAUGCGAACGACCAUGCGAACGACCAUGUGAAUGACCAUGUGAAUGACCAUAUAAUGAAUAACCAUGUGAAUAACCAGGUGGGAGAUCAGAUCAGGGAUAGUGGCACGGGGGAAGAUAGCUCCACGCCACUCAAUGAAGCUGCCGAAGACUCAGAAAAAAACGUAACGCAUAAAACAAAACCAGGAACCAAGAAAUCCGUGGAGGCAAAGAAACCUGAAGAGGGAAAGAAACCUGUAGAGGCAAAGAAGAAAGAGAGAGAUAAAAACCUACUUGAAGAUAAGUAUGAACAAUUUGGAAAAAAUUACAUAUUUCACAUUUUCGAAGCAUUGAAGAAGAAUAAGUUUUAUUGGAUAUUCCCACUGAGUGUAGUGAUGUUUGGGUACCUUUACUACAAAAUGAGGGGUAAAAUUGCAGAUUACAUAUACAACCAUUACAUGAAUAUAACUAAAUACUUCACUAACAUAUCUGUAUGGCCAAGUGGAUGUGAAGAAAUGAUGAUAUCAAAAGAUUACAACCACUUCUUCUACAAUAUUCAGAAAAAUAAUGUAAAAACAAUUUUUUUUAAUCCUUCCAAUAAUACGUUCUCUUAUCUUCUAAGCAAAGGGGCCAUACCUAAGAGCAGCAACAAUAUGAUGAUUUUUAACACGAAUAAAAUUGGUAGCAGUAACUUAUCAACACAUGAAGAGAAGAACAAUAUGUAUACAAUUUUUUAUAAUGAUUAUAUAAUGAAAUUUUUGCUAAAAAAUAAGGUUUAUGAAAAUGUAGAAAUAAAACUAGAUGAUAAAAUGUUAAAAAUGUCAUUUUAUGAAAUUUUAAAAAAAAAUAUGUUCGAUUUGGUUACGUAUACAUUUUCGUUAAUAACAUUCUUUUAUAUUUAUGAGAAAAAUUUGUCAGCAUCUUCGCCUUUCAAUAAUUCAGAUUAUUCUUUUCAGAAAAGAAAUAAAUUCGAUUCUUUUAAUGAAAUAAUAUUAAAUGAUGAAACUAAAAAAGAUAUUAAAGGAACAUUAUUUUUUUUAUUAUAUUCAAGCAUGUUUUCUGAAAAUUAUAAUUUAUCACAUAACAAUACCAUUUUAUUUACUGGAGAAACAGGGACUGGGAAAAGCUUACUAGCUAAAGCAAUUGCAAAAGAGUUAGAUGUAGAAUUUAUACAUCUAUCGGGUUCUACUUUUAUUGAACUUUACAUAGGAAACGGUGCAUCCAAAAUUAGAAACCUAUUCAAAAUGGCCAAACGAAAUAAAAAAUCAGUUCUAAUUUUUAUAGACGAAAUUGAUAGCAUUGGACUGAACAGAAGUGUUACCAAUGAUACGGGGAAUAAUCAAAACCAUGAAUACACACAAACUUUGAAUCAGCUCCUAAUCGAAAUUGAUUCCUUGCACGAGUACAAUCGAGAACAGUAUCUCAUCGCUUCCCAAAAACGGGAUCAAAUAGGGUUCUUCACGCACAUUAAAAAGACGCUUAUGAACAUUAUUCCACUCGAGCGACCUCCCCUCAACACUGAUGCGGGUAGUACUAGUCCAACAGACAACAGGUAUCCCAAAAAUGGAAAUCAUCCGUAUGGAAAUCAUCCGUAUGGACGCCAUGCAAAUCAUACAGCACUUCAUCAAAAGGAUGGGUAUGAAAUUUUGCAAUAUUAUCUGAACAAUGAACUGACACUACAAGAAGUGGAGGAACUGUUUAAUUUGAAAAGUCAUAGAACUGGAAAAUUUAUUCUCCUUAUCGGAGCCACAAAUAGAUACAAGUAUCUAGAUUCUGCUUUAAUCAGAUCAAAGAGAUUCGAUAAAAUUAUACAUUUUCAUGUACCAAAUAUGUUCACGCGAAGAAAGCUUUUUGAAUUUUAUGUGGAUAAGUAUAUAGGUAGAAAAAACAUCAUUGGACGUGAAAUCAUAGGUAGAAAAAAAAUUUGUGGAAAUUAUAACUUUCCAGAAGCAGAUGCCCAUUUUGAAAAUACAACACUGAAUGGAAAAGACUCCUCAUUAUCAUUACCACGAUUACGUGAGAGGAACGAAUCUCCUGUCCUAGAAUUUACCCCCUUUAGACAUAAAUUUGGAAAUUACCUUAAUGCACUUCAUCCAAGAGUUACGGACAAAUAUGAACUUAUGUUGAAGUCACUGCAAAGGGGAGAUCAAUUAAAUGUUUCCACAACGAGCAGUAAUAAUAGUGGAUCUCCUAAUGAGAGUAAGAACCACGUAGACACUUUUUCCUUUGCCAUUUUAACAACAUUAUUUAACUGUGCUGAUAUUGAUGAAAUUGUUCACUCGGCACAAAUGAAAAAUUUCACAAAAAGUCCAAUUCAUCGAAAAGUGUACAAUUUCAACAGUACUAUGUUUGAAGUACUUGAUUCUGUUUUGUAUAAAAAGUUUACAUAUGACAAUCAUACAGAAAAACUUACUAUCCAAGUAAAUAAAAACGAAAAAAAUGCAGUUAACGAUUCUUCUGUAAACCUCAAAUUUAUGAAUAACAACAUGUCCACGGAUGCAGAUUAUGAUGAAUAUUUAACUAAAUUUAUUAACUUUUGCAAUGAAGAAUUAGACAGACGAAUGAAUGAUGAACAGAAAAACAAACAUAAGAAAGGAAAUAAUCCACAACUAGAAAAACUAUCAUUUGAUGAUUUCCUCUUCUUUAACGAUUUAAAAAAAUGCAAAAUAAAAAUUUGGAAUGAUGAAGAUAUAAGCUUCUUCCUGCAAAACACUUUCUGUGUCAAUAAUGGAUUUUUGUACGACCCGAAGAAGUAUCACCUAUGCUUACUGUGGAAAUCUAUAGAGAGCUUUUUCAUAAUUUUACAUUCGAAUUGUGUGCUGCAGCCCUGCUGA